ACAUUAAAUUUCAACUCAUACUACAACAAAUAUUCAAACUAUGCUUUAUCAGACAGCAACCAGUUGAAGAACAUGAGUUCAGAUUAUGCAGAUCAAUGCUUCCACUGGAAAUUAAUUAGUCAUAAGACUCGUAACUAAUACUUCGUACGUGGUCCUGCAAGGUGGAAGCAAAGUGCUAAGAAAGAAUGACCCUAAAGAUGCCCCCUCACUCUUCUAUCUUUCUUGUUCAACUUUUGGCUAUUUCUUGUCUGAGUGCUCAGAUAGAAGCGCAACUUAAAGUUGGGUUUUAUAACCAAUCAUGUAAAUCAGCUGAACGCAUUGUGAAUGAAGAAGUUUCUAAAGGGUUUAUGACAGACAAAGGGGUUGCCCCCGGUCUUGUCAGACUGCACUUUCAUGACUGCUUCGUCAGAGGUUGUGAUGGAUCCGUUCUAAUCGACUCCACUUCCUCGAACACAGCUGAGAAGGAUUCACCAGCAAACAAUCCCAGCCUUCGUGGGUUUGAAAUCAUUGACAACGCAAAGACUAGACUUGAAACUGAAUGCAAAGGGGUUGUAUCAUGUGCAGACAUUUUGGCUUUCGCAGCCAGAGACAGUGUAGCAAUUACGGGCGGGCCAACGUAUGAUGUUCCGGGUGGAAGAAGGGACGGCAGAGUCUCUUUAGCUUCAGAGGUGCUACGAGACAUCCCUGCACCCUCGCUGAAUGUUGAUCAACUUACACAGAGCUUCGCGAAUAAAAAGCUGACACAGGAAGAAAUGGUCACCCUAUCAGGAGCUCACACAAUUGGCCGGACUCAUUGCACAUCCAUCAACAACAGGCUAUACAACUUCAACAGAACAAACGGGGGAGAUCCCACUCUGGAUUCAAAAUAUGCAGGACAACUGCAGCAACAGUGCCCGCAAGGAAGCACAGAUUCUAGCCUGGUCGUUCCAAUGAACCCUAAUAGCCCGUUAGUCACAGACGUAGGCUACUACCAGGACAUCCUAGCCAACCGUGGCCUGUUCACAUCUGAUCAGACUCUCUUGACGAACAACAACACAGCUAGUGAGGUGAAUCAGAAUGCAGGAAGUCAGUUAUUAUGGAUGAGAAAAUUUGCAGCAGCAAUGGUUAAAAUGGGUCAGAUUGAUGUUGUUACUGGCACUACCGGGGAAAUCCGGAUAAACUGUAGGGUAAUCAAUUAGGAAAGAUGAUUGGUAAUCAAUUAGGAAAGAUGAUUGUAUCAUUGUAUGUACUGUAAGUCUGUAAUAAGUAGACUUUCCGGGUAAAUAAUACCAAAAAAUUGUAGGGAUAAGCAUAUAAGCAAUUACUACAAUAAAAUGUGUACACUCAAAUU